AUGUCAUCUGCAAGUGCACCACAAGAUUCCUUAACGGACGACGCUCAAAAGAUUAGUGUUGAAACAGAACAAAUCAUUGACAAAGUAGCGGAACUGAUACUCAAUUGUGAUGCCAUUUUGUUUACUAGUGGUGCUGGAAUGGGCGUAGGCAGUGGUCUUGGCACCUUUCGAGGAAUUGCAGCUGGUGUGUGGCCACCUUUACAACAACAUCCAGAACUGGAUUUUACUGACAUGAGCAAUCCAAGUUGGUUUCACCAGGCACAAGGAAAUAGUAGCAAACAUGAUACGGCCAAUUUCGGUUAUGCAUUUUGGGCGUUUCGAUACGACGCUUACACAUCAGCUGCUCCUCAUCACGGCUAUCUUAUUGCCAAACAAUGGAGCGAAUUAAGUCAUAUCAAAUCUGCAUUCAGUUUUACAAGUAAUAUCGAUGGACAUUGGAUAAAGUCGGGCUGGAAGGAAUCGUUGGUUCUUGAAUGCCACGGUUCGAUCGAUUAUAUGCAAUGUGUUAAGAAUUGUAAUGCCCGCAUAUGGCCUACAAACAAUGCAUUGAAGCUGACUGUGGACCCGAAGACAAAUUGUGUCACUGAUCCUUUACCAUUAUGUCCUGAUUGUCAUAAACUAGCAAGACCAAAUGUACUGAUGUUUGGUGAUUGGGAAUAUAUAGACAAUCGAUUAAAAAAACAACAAGGUCAUUACGACCAAUUUAAAUCAGGUCUUGCAGCGGCAAAGUCCAAAUUGUUAAUUAUUGAAUUAGGAGCCGGUACGGCCGUUCCUACAGUCAGAUUCGAGAGUGAACGUACAUUCGUUGAUCCACGAUGGGCAGCUCAUUUCAUUCGUAUCAAUCCAUUCGCAGAACAUGUGACUAUCGAUGCACAUUCCAGAAAUAAAAGUAAAGGACAAGCCCUUGAAUUAUCCUUAGAUGCAUUAACAGCAUUGACAUUGAUUGAUAAAGCAUUGAAAAAGAAACAAAAACAAUAG